UGCAACUUCCGGCGGUGCCCUGCGGCCGGGGCCUAUGUACAAAUGGCUGCUGGGGGCCCUCUGCGCCCUCUUCGCUGCCGCCCGCCGCCCUGCGCCGCCCCCGGCCCCGUCGCCACGCAAGAGGCCGCUCCCCAGUUCUCAGCCACCUGUGGAAGAUGCUGGUGAUGCUCCGUCGAAAAAACGGAAGAAAGCUGACAUCUUUUCUAAGCUGAAAAAGAGAAUUGAAGCUGCUUCUGUGAAGUGUCCAACGAAGGCAAGAAGCAAGCUUCAGAAAACUUCAGUUGGAAAUGUCACUCCAACCACCCAAACUGCUGAACUGGCUCAGUCCCAUUCUUCUGGCCAUCCAUGUCAAACACCAACUAGUUCUACACGAGAUGUAGAAAUGUUACAAGUGGACAUGCCUUGUGGAACUGCUUGCUUGAAGACAGACAGACUGUCCCAUUCUCUAAGCACAGUUCGAUCUUUAAGCAAAACUAAGAGUGGUAAACACCACCUCAUACCAGGUCCAGAAAACACCUUCACAUUGAGACCACCCAUAAAAGAGCACAGUGUCCCCGAGUCCUUUACCUCAGAAGCUGGAAAAAUGGGGAGAAUUUUCUGCACAGUGGAGGAGGAUGUUCGAAGAGAGGAGAAGAUCAAGUACAAACAACUCCUGGAAAUGGUUAAAGAAAAGUACCCCAGGAGCCGCCCUAGUCCACAGCCAACCAACUUCAACACCAUUCAAGUCUCCUCCAAGGAAGCAGCAACACCUGUGAGUCUGGAAGGGCAGAGAUAUGGAGGUGAUGUCUCUCGGUGUGGGACACCAACACCUGGCCUCAAACGUGCAGAUGUUUCCAGCCCACAGUGGCCCCUAAGAAGUGACAAGAUAAGCUACUGCAUGCCAUCAGAGAACACUAAUGAGCAGGCAAGAUCAGUGAAGCCAGCAGUUGCCGGGAAACAUGGACGGGAAAUCCCAGAAGAGUGGCUACUGUAUCUGGCACCUUUUGUAUCUAAACAGUCGCCUCCCAUUGAUACGAAAGGAAAGAAAUUCCCAAGCUCAGAAAAACCAGAAUGCCUUCCUCCAUUCACCCAGGCAAUGGAGAAAGAGGUGGCUGCUGCCUUUGAUGAUGGCAAGCCAGAGGACAUUUUAAGCAGUGCCUUCAAACUGAAUGUGACUCGAGAAGACAUCAGGUCACUGCGGACCCCGUGCUGGCUGAACGAUGUGGUCAUCAAUUUUUAUGUUAAUCUACUGAUAGAAAGAAGCAAGAAAGAAGGUUAUCCAUCAGUCCAUGCUUUCAGCACCUUUUUCUAUCCCAAACUACUGUCUGGAGGAUACAAGGCAGUGGGAAGAUGGACAAAACAUGUGGAGCUCUUUAAGAAGGACCUAAUCUUUGUUCCCAUUCAUUUGAGAUCACAUUGGACACUAGUGGUCAUAGAUAUGAGAAAGAAGAACAUCAGUUACUUUGACUCUAUGGGACAGAAAGGAGAUGACAUUUGUGAAACUGUUUUCCAAUACUUGCAAGAAGAAAGCCGGGUGAAAAGAAACGUGGAGCUGACUGUUUCAGAGUGGACUCUUCACAGCAUGGGGCCACGGGAAAUCCCUCAGCAACAUAAUGGAAGUGACUGUGGGGUGUUUAUGUGCAAAUAUGCAGACUACAUCUCCCAAGACAAACGCAUAAACUUUACCCAGAGUCACAUGUCCUACUUCCGCAUGAAGAUGGCGUGGGAAAUAAUCCACCAGCAGCUGCUGUGAGACAUGCACUAUUGGAGUUAACACUGUGAUCACCUCUGGGUGACUUAAUUCUUGAUUUAGUUCCAUUUCUAGUAUCUUAAUUUGAAAAGGCAGCAGGCACACAUUUUCUUCUUUAGUUUAAGUAGUAGCGGUUAUGGUUUUUUGCCCCCCUGAUUAUGGAAACAGUAGCUCUCUAAUGCACCUCAAGUGCAAGCCAGAAAGACUGCUGUGACCUCGCCAAGGGAACUGUUAACAUACACUGUUAAACCUUUGUCAUCAGUGCUCCUACCUUGCAUCACACAUGGACAUUGUGGACAAAUGGGACUCCAUCCAUUCUAACAGUUGUGCCAUCUGAAUUUUAUCAUCCCGAGGACAACACACUACUGUUUCCUCUGAGUUUUCUUAUGUUUCUGGAAUAUCUACUUGACUCCUAAAACUGGAUCUGUGAUGAGCACGGAAAGCAAGCAUUCACUGUCUUUUGAUUUGUUACAAAUCCAUCGUGAAGACCCCUGUCACUGGGGUUGAUUUGUUUUGUUUCUCUGUCUCCAGGGAGUUAUCUAAUGUGAAAAGAGAAGUAUUUAUUUCUUUUUAUUAAAAUAAAGAUGUUAAAUUAUAUGAAGAGCCUUACUGUA